GAGCCCCACGACGAGAGAGACUCCCUCACUCUCGCAUGUUCAGAGAUUCCAGCCUUGGUCGUUGACGCCUCGUCUGUGUGAUUCUCCCUGGUCUUUCUAUCCAGUCCUUUGUCCCCGUUUCUGGCACCUUCCUCUCUUCGAAAACCCAACACCGCGGGACCAGCCAUGUCCGCCGAAGAAAAAGGUCAAGCCACGGCCUUCGACGUCGGGCAGCAUGAUGACGCUACUGCCACCACUGGGAAACAGCCCAGCGUCGACUCCUCGGACGACGAGUUCUCGCCCGAGGAGCAGCGCCGCAUCAUCCGCCGCAUCGACCUCCGCCUCGUGCUGACCUGCGGCUUCAUGUACUGCAUCAGUCUCAUCGACAGGACUAACUUGGGCGCCGCUUCCAUUGCCGGCAUGACGACGGAGCUGAAUCUGAUUGAGUAUCGCUAUUCGCUUCUCGUGCUCGUCUUCUUCAUCACUUACGUUCUCUUCCAACCACCAGCGACUAUCCUUUGCCGCAAGGUCGGAGCCCGACGCUUUCUAGGUGGCAUUUGCUUCCUCUGGGGAGUCGUCAUGCUUUCACACGGUCUAAUCAAUAAAUGGACCGACAUGAUUCCCCUGCGUCUCCUCCUUGGUCUCUUCGAGGCUGGCUUCUUCCCCGGUUGUCUGUAUCUCAUCUCCACCUGGUAUACCCGCUACGAACUGCAUCAGCGCUACUCGCUCUUCUACCUCGUUGGCUGUGUUGUGACGGGCUUUGGCGGCAUCCUUGCCUACGGACUUAUGCAGAUGGACGGCCUCGGCAACUACUCGGGCUGGCGUUGGAUCUUCAUCAUGGAAGGCCUGAUCACAGUCGUUGUCGCAGUCAUCGGCUACUUGGUCCUCGUCAAUUUCCCAGACCAGUCGGGGGACCUGGCAUGGAAGUUCCUGUCAGAGCGCGAGCUCAACUGGGUCAUUCGCAGGAUCGACAACGACCGUGAAGACACCGAGGUCGAGCCCUUCAACCUUCGGAAGUGGGCCAGCAACGGGCUCGACCCGAAGAUCUGGGGUUUCUCGUUCAUCUACUUCCUCCUCACCACGACGACCUACUCCAUCGCCUACUUCUUACCCGUUAUCCUCCGCGGAAUGGGAUUCUCUGUCGCGGCAUCCCAGUGUCUCGUGGCGCCGCCGUAUGUUAUGGCUGGCAUCAUCAUGACCGCUACCUCGUGGAUCGGAGACAAAUACCGGACCAAGGCUCCUAUUCUCAUUUUCAACGCCGUGCUAACCAUUAUCGGAAUUGCAGUCAUGGGCUGCGCAACUGGCACCGGCCCUCGCUAUUUUGGUGCGUUCUUGACGACAGCGGCGGCGAAUGCAAAUAUUCCAACCAUCAUGACUUACCAGGCAAAUAACAUCCGCGGCCAGUGGAAGCGAGCGUUCUGCUCAGCAAGCCUCAUCGGCGGUGCCGGGCUCGGCGGUGUGGCGGGGGCGCUGAUCUUCCGGUCCCAGGACGCCCCACUGUACCGGCCGGGCGUGUACGCCACCAUCACGGCCAACAGCCUCGUCAUCAUCGUUUCGCUCAUGCUCACGAUUUACUUCAGAAUCUGCAACCGGAAGGCCGAUAGGGGAGAAAUGAUCAUCGAGGGACUGGCGACGUUCCGAUACACCAUCUGAGAUACAGACUCCACUGCCUCUCGGGUCGCAGGGCGGCUGCAUGUUGGUCCUUGUCUGUUUCGGACAACUGUCGA